CCAAGAUGGCACCCGAGGGCGGCCGCAGCGGCGCCACACGCGCGGUGGGCGCUGGGCGGGGAGUCGAUAGGCGGCCGCCUCACGUGAGAAGCUGAAAAGGGAAGAGCCGGGGCUGAGCGGGACGAAGCUGCGGUGCUAGAAGGAGCUUUUCCACCAGGAGGAUGCGAUACUUGCUCCAUGCUCUGCUGUACCUCUCGCUUGUGCUGCUGGGGCCUGGUGAUGGACUCACUGUAUUGUCUGUCCCUGAAGUGGUUUCAUUAGAAAGUGGAAGUUCAACCAACGUCACUAUCUCUCUCAGGGCUCCAUUAAAUGAAACACUGGUGAUAACUCUUAAUAUUACACACUCAUCAAAACAUAGCACCAUUGUUGAACUACCUGAUGAAGUACAAUUGCCUGCAGGUCACACUAAAGCAGACUUCCAAGUGAAAGCAGAUGAUGUUGGACAAGUAACAGUUUAUCUUUAUACCAUUAAUUCCAACUUAACUGGACCUAGGAUUCAAUUUCAAGUGAUUCAUAGCAUCAUAGUGAGAUACGCCGAUGAGGUGAUUGGCUGGAUCUAUUUCCUCGCCUGGUCUAUCUCCUUUUAUCCUCAAGUCUUUGAGAACUGGCGACGAAAAAGUGUUGUUGGACUAAGCUUUGACUUUAUAGCAUUAAACCUUACUGGCUUUAUAGCAUACAGUGUGUUUAAUAUUGGACUCUUUUGGAUUCCCUUGAUAAAGGAGGAAUUCUUAGUCAGUUAUCCCAGUGGGGUGAACCCUGUCGCUAUCAAUGAUGUUUUCUUCAGUCUCCAUGCAUUAGCUCUAACUCUCCUCACCAUAAUUCAGUGCUGCAUCUACGAGAGAGCAAGUCAGAAAGUAUCCAAAGUUGUUGUUGGACUACUGGCACUUGCAUGGAUCUUCACAUCUACAACACUGUUUCUUGCUGCAGCUGAGGAAAUGACAUGGCUACAGUUCUUGUUCUGCUUCUCUUACAUUAAGUUAGCAGUCACACUGAUAAAAUAUUUUCCACAGGCAUACAUGAAUUUCCAUCGGAAGAGUACUGAGGGAUGGAGUGUUGGAAGUGUAUUACUAGACUUCACUGGUGGAAGCUUCAGCCUUCUCCAGAUGUUUUUGCAGUCAUACAACAAUGAUCAGUGGAAGUUAAUCUUUGGAGAUCCCACCAAGUUCGGCCUGGGUGUCUUCUCCAUUCUCUUUGAUAUUGUUUUUAUGGUCCAGCACUACUGCCUUUAUAAGAGACAAGGAUAUGAACCUUGUGAAUAACAUCACUCGAAGACAAAAACCUUAAAUUGAACUUGCCCUUAACCCUGGCUGAGGGCUUUCAAGACACCUGCUGCCCAUUACUAGAAAUACUGAUUCUGAUCUCCGUUUAUACUUUGAUCCUCUCUGGUAGGGAAUACAAGCUAUUGCCUUGCCACAUUGCCAGAUGCCUUAAAGGACAGCAGGCUGUCUAGCCACCACUUGCAAAUGGAAGACUCAUGCCUGUUGAAGCUGCGAAGACAGCUUGGUGUGAGCUGUCUAAGAAACAUGUGAUUCUUUUUCCGUUAACAACAGGAAAGAGAAAGACCAGAGUGAUCUCUUUCUCACUAGAAGUAACUACGAAGAGCAGAGUUCUGGCUUCCAGAAAUCUGAGAUUGUGUUUAAGCAACCACAUAAUAUCUUAAUGUAAUGACAAGACUGGCUGUGGAUCUAAGUGCUGCUGCUGACUCCUCACAAACAGAUCACAGCAGAACACUGCUCAGGUUGGCUGUUAACCCCUUUAUGUACCACUACAGCUGUUGGUAGCAAAUACCCAAAUAUUAGAACAUGAACUCUAGUAAAAAAAUACUGAGAAGCA